AUUGAAAUCGCUACUACAAGUGCCGCCAUCUUGACAGAAAAGUUUACUUGUGUGAACUUGUCAUAUUUCCUCUUCCAUUUUGAUUUAAGUGAGCAAGAUGUCUCACAGGAAGUUCAGUGCGCCCCGUCACGGGUCUAUGGGUUUCUACCCGAAAAAGAGAUCCAGGAGGCAUCGUGGUAAAGUUAAGGCUUUCCCCAAGGAUGACCCAUCCAAACCUGUCCAUCUUACAGCUUUUAUCGGCUACAAAGCCGGUAUGAGUCAUGUUGUACGUGAAGCCGAUCGUCCUGGAUCAAAAAUCAACAAGAAGGAAAUUGUUGAAGCAGUUACCAUUUUGGAGACUCCUCCAAUGGUUGUAGUCGGUGUGGUCGGUUACAUUGAAACUCCACAUGGUCUACGUGCUUUGGCCACUGUUUGGGCUGAGCAUUUGUCUGAAGAUUGCCGUAGACGUUUCUACAAGAACUGGUACAAGAGCAAGAAGAAGGCUUUUACGAAGGCUUCCAAAAAAUGGUCAGAUGACUUGGGCAAAAAGUCCAUUGAACGUGACUUGAAGAAAAUCAUCAAAUACUGUAAAGUAGUCAGGAUUAUUGCCCACACCCAGAUGAAACUGUUGAAACAAAGACAAAAGAAGGCCCACAUCAUGGAAAUUCAACUCAAUGGAGGCAGCAUUGCUGACAAAGUUGCAUGGGCUAAAGAGCAUUUUGAAAAGCCCUUGCCAAUCAGCUCAGUUUUUGCCCAAGAUGAGAUGAUUGAUUGUAUUGGUGUAACCAAGGGUAAAGGAUACAAAGGUGUAACUUCCAGAUGGCACACUAAGAAAUUGCCUCGUAAGACUCACAAGGGUCUCAGAAAAGUUGCCUGUAUUGGAGCAUGGCAUCCUUCAAGAGUUUCAUUUACUGUCGCUCGUGCCGGUCAAAAAGGUUACCAUCACCGUACUGAAAUGAACAAGAAAAUUUACAGGAUUGGAGCUGGUAUCCAUACAAAAGAUGGAAAAGUUGUUAAAAACAACGCCUCCACCCAGUACGAUCUUUCUGAAAAAAGUAUCACCCCCAUGGGUGGAUUCCCUCACUAUGGUGAAGUCAACAAUGACUUUAUCAUGAUCAAAGGUUGUUGUAUGGGUCCCAAAAAGCGUGUCAUCACUUUGAGAAAGUCCCUCUUGGUCCACACUAGCCGUGUUGCUUUGGAAAAGAUCAAUUUGAAAUUCAUUGACACCUCGUCCAAGUUCGGUCACGGUCGGUUCCAGACGCCAGCAGACAAGGCUGCCUUUAUGGGUCCGCUCAAAAAGGACCGUGUCAAGGAAGAAGAAAAGGCUGCUCCAGCUGUUGCCGCUUCUUCAUAAGAUUGUUAUAAUAAUUAUUAUUGACAAUUGAUAAAUGUUAUUAACAAGAUUUUAUUUUUUAUUUUUUCCUUUUGAUC